UUCCUCCGGGUACUCCGGUUUCCUCCAACAGUCCAAAGAAAUGCAUGAUAGGCUGAUUGGCAUGUCCAAAGUGUCCAUAGUGUAUGAAUGGGUGUGUGAAAGUGUGUGUGAUUGUGCCCUGCGAUGGAUUAGGACCCCGUCCAGGGUGUAGCAUGUCUUGUGCCCGAUGCUCCCUGGGAUAGGCUCCAGGUGCUUUGGAGGUUAUCUCUAGAUGCUCCGGUUUCCUCCACCAGUCCAAAGACAUGCUUUGUGUGCUGAUUGGCAUUUCCAAAUUGUCUGUAGUGUGUGAUUGUGCCCUGCGAUGGGUUUUCAGCCCGUCCAGGGUGUCCCACGUCUCUGCUGCAACCCUGUGUGCGGAAAAUGGAUAGCUACAGUGGAUUAUGAUGAUGAUGAUGAUGAUGAUGAUGAUGAUAUGGUGGUGCUGGUAGUAGUAGUAGCAGCAGUAGUAGGUUUUUUGUUUGUUUGUUUGUUUUGGAGGGAUAUUUAUGCUUGUCUGGUUAUUUUUAGUGAACAGUGGAUCAGUUCAUCAAAACAGACAUAUAAAAACCACAAUGAACUUCCCUUUACUUUCACACUAUCCACUGUUACCCAGAUGAGGAUGGGUUCCCUUCUGAGUCUGGUUCCUCUCAAGGUUUCUUCCUCAUAUCAUCUUAGGCAGUUUUUCCUUGCCACCAUCUCCACCGGCUUGCUCAUUAGGGAUAAAUUCACACAUUUAAAAUCUGUAUCCUGUGUUUAUAUAUUUCUGUAAAGCUGCUUCGAUACAAUGUUCAUUGUUAAAAGCGCUAUAAAAAUAAAAUUUAAACUGAAUUGAAUUGAAUUGAAUUUUUGUAUUCUAUUAGCCUAAUUUGUAGUACAAUGAGUUUAACAGCAUGGCUGUUUUCACUUUUUUUUUUUUUUAAUUGUAAAAUGAAUUCUAGCCUAAUACAUGUGUUAUUCUCCAUCUCAUUCUCCAUUCUCCCCAAAUUACUCCAUCUGGGGAUUAAUAAAGUAUUAUCAUAUCUUAUCUUAUCUUAUGAGUAUAUUAGGCUAUAUGUUAUAUUCGAGCAACAUAUUGAUUGCGCAUAUCAAUAAAACCGUUUGCUUUCUUUCCUUUCCUUUCUCCUCGAGUCCAGUCCGGAUGUUUCUGAGUUCCGGAUGUGUCAGAGCGCAGUGUUUCAGAGCAGUGUGCUUUGUCAUGGGUGUCAUCCGGCCCUGUGCCCCUCGCUCAGCUUUCAGCUCUGCUCAGCUCUGCUCUCUCGUGGAGCUGCUUUAACUGCAGCGGGAUCCACAGACACUAACUCACCGCUGCAUGAGGAGACACACCACUUUCUGCCUGGGAUCGCAGGAUCAUGGUCUUUUUCUCUACGGAUUUGACUGACAUCACGAGCCUUUGAGAAGCAAACCCGCCGGAAUAAGACUGUCCGGAGUGCUCCUGGACUGUUUCUCAUUCAGAGGAUUUGUCUAGAUCAUUUCCUUCAUGCGUGCACAGUCAUCCGUGCUCACAUUAUGAGGGAGACUUUGGAGACUUGGGAGAGGGCUGUUGGGAAAAUCUAGGAUUUGCCAUCAAUUCGCAGGCACUCGGAUGAAGUCGCUGCGUCUCUAAAUGCGUCUUCCCGAGCAGCCGAGAACAAUGAGCACCGGCUCUGGCAACUUUCUGCUAGUCCCCAUACCGGAGUACCCAGGCCUGGACUGUGUGCCUAAUAAAAAUGUGAAAAUAGUCGUUCUUGGAGCUAGCAACGUCGGGAAAACAGCCUUAAUAGUACGAUUUUUGACCAAGAGGUUUAUCGGUGAUUAUGAAGCCAACACAGGGGCCUUGUAUUCAAGAAAGAUCAAUCUUGAUGGGGAGCAGGUUUCUCUACAAGUGCAGGACACUCCCUGUGUCUCAUUACAGGAUGAUGCAGAGGGUCUGUACUGCCAGGAACAGAUUAACCGCUCCAUCUACUGGGCAGAUGGCUACGUGCUGGUCUUUUCCAUCACGGACAUGCACAGCUACCGGACCAUUCAGCCACUCUAUGAGCAUGUGCGUCGCAUCCAUCCAAGUGGCAACAUCCCCAUCAUCCUAGUAGGCAACAAGAGCGACCUGCUGCGGGCGCGCCAGGUACCUACAGAUGAGGGCCAGGCUCUGGCAGCCGAGCUCGGAGGACACUAUUUUGAGGCUUCAGCCCGGGAGAACCAUGAGGGUGUGCAGGCAGCAUUCUUGCACUUGUGCCAGGAGGUGAGCCGGGCACUGGGAGGGGUGAAUGGAGAGAAGAGGAGGGGCGGACUGCAUCUUGUGCGGCCAAAGAGUCCCAACAUGCAAGAGCUGAAGAGAAGAUUCCGGCAAGUGCUCUCUUCUAGAGGAAAAUCGACAACUGCAGUGUGAUGAUAAUGUAACGCCAAUGAUUGAUUCACAGACCCAUUAGUGUCUACUUUAAUAUGUAUGCGAACUUUAUUUUACACUGCAGUAUUGACUAAGGGAGCAAUAAACAUGUUGAUUUUCAUACAAAGGCAACCUUUGUCUGGAAGAACACUACUAUGUAGAAUGAUAUGUUAUGAUAUAUCAUUAUUGAUGUAUCAUAAUAAUAUAUUCAUGAUAAAUAAAGAUACAACCUUUGUUAUAUCUUUUUUUUUGACAAUUUGGGAUUUUAGCCCAUAACUUUUUUUUACAGAUGUUUUAUCAUUCAUCAAAAAUACAGUGAUCAUGUGUGAUGAAUUUGAUUGGCUAAGAAAAUGGCCUGUCCUUGGUUUUUCAUUAUUGCUGUAUAGUAUAGUACGUUUUUAGACAAGUAGAGCUCUUAAACACCCUUAGAUGGAAAAUAUUAUUUUGUAUUUGGAAUUACUGCCCAUAAUGUAGAGCAAUUAUUUUUGGUUAUAAAGUUAUUCCUAAGAUUCCCUGAUAUCCAUAUAUAGGAAGCAUCUGGUGGUUCUCAUGAACUUUGACCCACUUG